CUAUACAACUUCACAUUCUCUUCCUUUCGCCGAUUCCACCGUAACGAACUGUGUUUUGCAAGUUCAUUUCCUCUUUUCGUUCACAGUUCUCAACAAUGGCGUCGCUGAUUCGGAUGCAGAGAAUCGUGUUCAAUCAAGAAAUAAGGAAUUACAGUGAAGAACAAAUCGAAGGAGUCGCAUUGAACAACUGGUGGGAUAUCAACAACUCCGAAGCAUGGCAGGAAGGCAUCUUCUAUACUCUCUGUGUCAUCUACUCAGUCGUCUCCUUCAUCGCCCUCGUGCAACUCAUCCGGAUUCAACUGAGAGUACCAGAAUUUGGUUGGACAACACAAAAGGUUUUCUACUUGAUGAAUUUUAUUGUGAAUGGAUUACGUGCUAUUCUCUUUGGACUGUACAAAAAUGUGUUUGUUCUCAGCCCAAAAGUUCUUGAAAUAGUUCUUUUGGAUCUUCCUGGUCUUCUAUUUUUCUCAACAUACACAUUAGUUGUAUUAUUCUGGGCAGAGAUAUAUUACCAGGCAAGCAGCCUUCCCACUAAUAAGCUUAGGCCAGCGUAUUUGAUUAUCAAUGGAGUUGUUUACUUUAUACAGGUAUGCAUCUGGAUAUAUAUGAGUUUAAGUGGAAAACCUGUUGCAGUGGAAGUUGCCAAAUUCUACUUCUCAGUAAUUUCAUUCGUUGCUGCUCUUGGAUUCUUGGUAUAUGGUGGGAGGUUGUUCUUCAUGUUGAGGUGCUUCCCAAUUGAAUCAAGGGGACGCCAGAAAAAGCUGAACGAGGUUGGCUUUGUCACUGGGAUUUGUUGCACAUGUUUCUUGAUAAGGUGCUUUGUGGUUGCUCUAUCUGCCGUCAAUGAUGGUGCUGACCUUGAUGUUCUAAACCAUCCUAUUCUAAGUUUCAUUUGUUACAUGAUAGCAGAGAUUAUUCCAUCAUCUCUGGUACUUUUCAUCCUUCGGAAACUUCCUUCAGAGCGUGUCUCUCCUCAGUAUCAUCCAAUCAAGUGAAGAGGGAAUAUUCCAAGAGGUAUACUUCUAUACAGCUGGUCAUAUUAAAGGAUAUCUUGGAACUUCCAUUAGCUUCUGGAGCUGUCAUGUAGUGUUUGAUGAUGUGCUUACUAAUUCUCACGGGCUUUCUUCUCUUCUUUUGCUCCUGUACUCCUGUGAUCCAAUUGUGUAUAAAUUUUACAUCCAAUUCCGUCUGUUUUUUUUUUUUUUUCCCAAUCUUAAGGAAGCUUAGAUGUGAGAUUUUAACUAUAGUUCUUGCUGCUAAAAUGGCUAAUGUGUCCCAUCAUCUGUGCUGUGGGUUGGCGUACAGUGCAUUGUCCA